CAUACUUGUUUUUUUUUCAGUGAUACAAUAGAUUAUAUAAUAUUAACAUGAAAGUUUAUUUAUUCAAAUUUAGUUUUAUCCAAUUUAUUUUGCUGGUAUCUUCAGAACAAUAUCAUGAUUUGGUUUCAACAACAGCCUCGCAGGGGAUUUCAGUUGGUGAAGUUACUCCAGAAGCAGGGAUUUUCUGGGGAAUUCCGUUUAGUCAACCACCCGUGGGAAAAUAUCGCUGGAGAAAACCUCGUCCUCCGUUAAAUUUUAGCGGUGAUUAUUGGAAUGCAACAUAUGCUAGACCAGGUUGUCCACAAACAUGCGUUUUUAAAAAGAAUAAAUAUAGAUGUGUUCUUAAGACUUCCGAGAAUUGCCUGCACUUGAACGUUUUCGUUCCAAGAAAAAUACUCACAAAAUCUACAACUAAAGGUGUAGUUGGACAUCAUCAUUACGUCAUAAAGGAAGAUGUCAAAAAUAACAAAAGCAAAGCACUUGCUGUAAUGGUAUUUGUGCACGGAGGAAAUUACGUUCACGAUUCCGCAUCGCAAGUAAUCUAUGACUCCAGAUACCUUGCCCAUCGUGGGGAUGUAAUUGUUGUAUCAUUUGACUACAGAUUGGGACCACUUGGCUUUCUUGUACAAGGCGAAGGUAAAGAUGCUGCGCUUGGUAACUACGGACUAUGGGACGCUAUUAAAGCAUUCGAAUGGGUUAAAAAGAACAUUCAAUAUUUUGGUGGAAACCCAGACAUGAUUACAGCGUUUGGACAAAGUUCAGGAGCCGAGAGUUUGAGUAUUUUGUUAACAACGUCACAUGGAAAUGAUUUGUUCCAUCGCGCUAUACUUGAAAGCGAUCCUCUAAGUUUGCCAUUCAAGAAUAUGACGAACGCUAAAGACUUUGGAAAUAGAUUUGCACGAAAGAUCGGAUGCACUGCUGGAGAUUUAAAAUGCCUUCGAGGGGUAGAUGUCGAGAAAAUCGUGAGUUCAUCUUCUGAGUCAGCAUUCUCAAUAUUCAGUAAACAAAGUAUAUUGCAGCAAGGACAACAGUGGGGUCCUGUCAUUGACAAAGACUUACUUUAUGAAUACCCUAUCAAUGCUUUUGAAAAGGGACGUUUUCGCAAAAUACCGAUGAUAAUCGGCGGGAACUCUGCAGAUGGAUAUCAAUACGCUGAAUUGUUAUUUUCAGGAUUUAAAAUUUCACAGUUCAUGUAUCAACUAUCGAUGGAUGUCAUAUUUAAAUCUAAUGCUAAUUCAAUGUUGAAGCAGUAUCCGCCUAACUGUUGUGAUAACACGAAACAACUUACUGAAAUUAUAACAGACUACGUCUUUCUUUGCCCGGAGAGAUCAGCUAUGUUCAGAACGGAAAAAGAUUCUUGGUUUUAUAUUUAUGGCGGAACACUUCCAUUCAAGUCAUUGUGGGCGUUCAAGGGGUGUGUAAAUUUGGCUUGUCACGGAGCAGACAUUGGUUCAGUAUUUAAUCCAGCACCUUUGACAAACUAUCACCAAUCGAAAAAAGAAUACUAUUUAGCAAGAAGAGUAGAGUACUACUGGACGAAUUUUGCAAAAUAUGGAAAUCCUAAUGGAGCGCCAAAGAAACACGGGCAGCAACAGGAUGUUACAAAUGAUGUGGAAAAGCUCAGCAUAGUUCAAUGGGACAGAUUUCACGAUACAAAUAUUCGAGACUAUAAUACAAUAGAGUUCUCUAACAAUGGUGAUAAAAUGAGAAAAAAUGUGCUGAAGAAAAAAUGUGAUUUCUGGGAUAAUCUUAAUUUAUAUGGAAAAUUAUAGAAUUAUAUAUUUACAGUUUUAUUUUAAGCAUAAUAGUUUAUAUAUUCAGUAAUAAAGGAAUAAAGAACACAGUGAACAAAACCGUCCGAAUCACCUUUCUCUUUUUCACAUCACACUUGGAAUACUGUAGCCCAUGAUUUUGAUAUUUUGAAUAUUUAUUUCUAAAAUUAUAGUAUACACUACUUAUUUGUUUACUUGUUUGAUAACUACUGAGUCAAAUGCACGAUUUUUGUUGUUUACCAAAUUUCACCCACAACCACGCAUCGCAUAAAAUAACUUUACACCUCAAUUAUUAAAAUUGAAACUUUUUGUAUCAUA